AUGGACGCGUUCAACAACUCAGGUAAAAGGGAAAAAAGCGCGGACGUUGCUGCUGCUGGCGGGACUAACAUUGCCAGCACUCGAUUUCGACCAAUACCUCGAGACCCACAAAAUAUACGGAAAGCAACUCGAGUAAUUGAUGCAGAAUUCGAUCUUGAGAUACUAUUACGGCAACAAGAAUUACAUCAAAUACAAGUAGAACUUGAAAAAUCCGAAAUUACGCUCGAGACCUUGAAGAAUUGCUUGAUUGAAGCCGAAAAUUCACAAGUUGACUUUUCGCAUGACGCUCAACAACAUCAGCGUGGCAGUGAUGUUAAUGGUACCGCAAACAUCAACAACAAUAUCCCUUCAAUAAUACCUACGCGGCAAUCAACACGUAAGGUUGUAUCGACGCGCGAUAAAGAUUACUUAUAUUUUGAUCCAUGUAGAGAUUUGUUCUCGAGAAGAAAUGACGGGACAUUUGUAAAAUUAACUUGUCCAGAAUGUCAUCGAUCGAGAUUUAUCAACGUACAAGGGUUCCUUAAUCAUUGUCGUCUUUCUCACAAGAUUGAAUUUCCAAAUCACGAAGAAGCACUUUUAUUAUGUGGUACACCUGUGGACGAAAGCAUCGUGCCUCCUGAUCAUCCGGCUAGAUCCCGGAUUAUUACGAGACCGCCGUCACUUCGAUCAAUAUUAGAUCAAAGUGAAAGAGCGCAACAGUUACCUAG